GGCAUUCUCCCUCAACUCUCGCAUUUUUCACACUAUCUGAAUUCUGAACACUCUCUUGAGCCUGUAGAAUUGAACCAUGGAAGUUGCAACCGCCAACGCACCUUUCACCUUCGCAGUCAACAAACCCAUGUUGCUUUCACCCUCUUCAUCACGAACCAUAACCCCUAUCAGAGCCAUCAAAUCCUCUUUCAAAACCUCUAUCUCCACCGAUUUCGUCGCUCCUUCCACCGCAAUCACCAAUGCCUCUAGCCAAUUCUCCGGACUCAAGCUCCGACCUCCGUGCCUCAAUCCAGCGUCGUUUCGUAGUUCCGGCGGUAAAAGAGGCGUCGUUACUAUGGUUAUUCCUUUCUCAAGAGGGACUGCAUGGGAGCAACCUCCACCAGACCUAGCUUCUUACUUGUAUAAAAAUCGGAUUAUUUACUUGGGCAUGUCUCUUGUUCCAUCUGUCACAGAGUUGAUGGUAGCUGAAUUUCUUUACCUUCAAUAUGACGAUGAAAAUAAACCCAUUUACCUAUAUGUAAACUCCACUGGGACAACCAAGGGAGGUGAGAAGUUGGGUUAUGAGACUGAAGCACUUGCAGUUUAUGAUUUGAUGAGCUAUAUCAAACCUCCUAUUUUUACUCUCUGUGUUGGCAAUGCUUGGGGAGAGGCAGCCUUACUUUUGGCUGCUGGUGCAAAAGGGAACCGAUCUGCUUUGCCAUCAUCAACUAUAAUGAUAAAACAGCCAAUUGCAAGGUUUCAAGGUCAGGCCACAGAUGUCAACCUUGCAAGAAAAGAAAUCACUAGAGUGAAAACAGAAUUGGUUAAUUUGUUAGCAAAGCACACUGAAAAAUCACCUGAGCAAAUUGAAGCUGAUAUUCGGCGCCCAAAGUAUUUUAGCCCUAGUGAAGCUGUUGAGUAUGGAAUCAUAGACAAGGUAUUGUACAAUGAGAGGGGCUCCAAGGAUCGUGGUGUUGUUUCUGACCUUAAAAAGGCACAGCUUAUCUGACUGCUAGGAAAUUAAAUCCCUAUUUUCUUGAAGUUGAGACAUGUGUGGAAACCUGGAUCAGCCAAAAUGAAGGAUCUAGGGCAUUAGCAGCCGAAUGAUACAACCGUGCCAAGCCUCGUACAAUUAACUUGCUACGUUGGAAUCUCCAUGUUUAUAACACCAUAGACUGCGUUUGCAUCUCCUAAGAAAAGGUAGUAGGAACAAACCCCGUCGUGUUUUGUAAAAUGCUGUAUACAUGAUUAUAUUAUGGAUCAUUGAAAUUUGGAAUUUUAUGAAUUGCUGUCUUACUCAGUACAUGGGCAUAAUGCAAUUAUCACAUUCGGCA